UACAUUACCUACAUGUAUAUAGUGUAAUUCCUUCCUGAUACAUUACCUACAUGUAUAUAGUGUAAUUCCUAUGUGUAGAUGUGGCAGAGUAGAAUCUGUCUUUUUAUUAUUUAGUUUGUUGUAUUUUUACCUGUUCUUCUCUGCAGCUAGAUAUCAGAAUGUAUGAUGUUGAAUCUACUCUGCUACUCCCAUCAUCCCCACAUCCAAUGUUAGUAUUUGGUGCCUGGUUUCCUAGGGUUAACUCUUCAGGCCUGAUCCUCCUGGGAUCCUUACUCAGCACACAGGACUCUUCCUGGACACAGGAGAUGUUGGGGGAGGUUCAGGGAGUGAAGCACCAAUCAUGGAUCAUUUCUUCUUCUCUUUUUUUUUUCUUUAAAGGCCUGGAUGAUUGACAGUCUCCUGGGAUGACGUUGUCAGUGAGGGUGGGGUCUGUGGUGCAGGCAGUACCCCAUCCCUCAGCUAUCCCCAGCCCUGCCUGUAACAAAACCCAGAGCAGCAGAGGCCAGGCUAAUGGAGGCUAUGUAGAGUGAGGACUGCAGCAGUGUCUCCUGGACCGUCCUCUCCCAGCACAGGAUUUAUCCAUUACCUGGACUUUACAACUAAUCCUUGUCCUGAUGAUGUUACCAAGUCCUAUCACCUCCACACCUUUCUCUGUGAAGGACAUCCUCAACAGGGAGCCCCAGGGGCAGCCGCCACCCCACAACAGGGGGCACUUGGCUCAGGAUCUGGAGGCUGAGUUCAGCCAGGCUGCAUGCAUGCUUGGGGACAGGUCUGCCUACAUAGACGGCAAUGACAAACUCUCUUACCUAAACUCUAUGGGGGCUGCAGAGGGUCAUGGGGAGGUGGGGAUCUCUCCUGAAGCCUAUGUGCAUGCAGCCAUGGACUCCUGUAACACGAAAGAAGAGGAGGAUGAGGACGAAGAAGAGUCUCUGAGGGACAGGAGUCACAAGACCUGCUUCAUGAAGAAGUCCCCCCAAGAUGAGGACAAGCAGGAGGACCUGGACAGGCCCAAGCAGAGGAGCAGGAGGAAGCCCCGGGUGCUCUUCUCCCAGGCCCAGGUCUUUGAGCUGGAGAGGAGGUUCAAGCAGCAGAGAUACCUGUCAGCCCCAGAAAGGGAACACCUGGCCAACAGCCUGAAACUCACCUCUACCCAGGUGAAAAUCUGGUUCCAAAACAGGAGAUACAAGUGCAAGAGACAAAGGCAAGACAAGUCACUGGAGAUGGGCAGCCACCACCCACCACCACCACCCAGGAGGGUGGCAGUGCCAGUGCUGGUGAGGGAUGGCAAGCCUUGCAUUGCUGGCAGCCAGAGCUAUAACACUGCUUACAAUGUGGCAGCAGCCAGUCCUUACUCCUAUAACACUUACCCGAGCUACAGCUACAACAACAGCUCUUCCUACAACAGCAACUACAGCUGCAACUACUCCGGGAUCCCUUCCAUCCAGCACAAUGCAGGGACUAAUCCAUUCGUAAACAUGGGAAACCUGAGCCAGCUGGGCAACACUUCCCAGCCACAGAACCACACAGGGGCAUCCAUGCCAUCCUGCCAGGGGACACUACAAGGGAUUCGUGCCUGGUAGGACUAAAGGGGGGGGCAAAAGACACUAUUAUGUAUUGGAUAUAGGAAAUAUAUAAAUAUAUCUAUCUAUCUGACCACAAGGGAUCCAGUGCCCAGCGCUCUCCACCUAUGGAGUGUAUAAAAAUACUGACCACCAGGCGACCAUAACUAGAUCCUAGUUUACAGAUUGCUAUAAUACAAAGAGCCUUUAUAUGAACCGCAUAAGGACCCAGAGGAAGCCUUAACCCUUUCUUUAUCUCUUACUCCAAGACUGCACAUGAUGUAUAUACAGCAAUAAAUGCAUGCAUAGUAAGUAAUGCAAAGCCACAUGAGCCCAUCCUAUGCCAAACUUCAGCUGGUGCCACCUGUCAAUGUUUGUUUAUUUUAUUUUAUUUACUAUUCAUAUAAACACUUUAUUUAUGUUAAAGGAUAUU